UGAUCAGCGUGAUGGAAACCAAUUCGAACAUCGUUCCGAUUCUGAUUGGAAAUAAAGAAGAGGAAGAAGAAAACUCUGUGGUUGAGAUGGUUGUGGGCAAAAGCAGUUAUUCUGCACAAAUGAAAAGGAAGAGAGAGAUCUUAACAAAUCGAAAGUCUCUUCCGGAUGAAAUGGUCUUCGAGAUUAUCGCGCGUCUCCCGGCCGAAGAUAUUUACAACUACGCCGUGCUCGUUUGUCGGAAGUGGUACCGUGCAAUCCACACCCGUAACUUCGUAUACUCACACCUUCGCCAAUCAACUCCCGGACUUCUCGUACAGACUUUAUGCUGUGGCAAUAGUGCUUCAUUUUUCGUGUCGAUGAGUCGGGGCCGAGUUGUGGUAUCUGAGUUCGGUUACGAGCUCAGGGGAGGAACUUGGGCUAGUUGUAAUGGUUUGAUAGUGGAGUUCGAUUACUGGAAGGAUGCUCUUCAUAUCACAAAUCCUGCAAUCAAGCAACACUCUACCAUCCCUCUGUUUUCUUUCCCGGUAGCAAGCCACGAUUGUCACUGUAUAGCGUAUUCGGCCGCUUCAAUGGAGUAUAAAGUGGUCGUCGCGUACCGUAUCAAGGAUGGCAAUUCACGGGUGUUGCGUUUGGCUAUUCGGACUGUCGGAGUUGACGAGUCUUGGAGGCAUGUUUGCACCGAACACUUGCCAAACGAUAUCGAGGCGAACACCCCGUUUAUAACCGAAGGUUUUAUCCACUGGCCUUCGAGAAAAACGCAUGUUCUGACACUUAAUGUAGAGACCGAAGUUAUUACCGAGACACCUGUUCCUCAAGGUUACGAGAAAAGAUAUAAAUAUUAUUUGUCGACUGGAAAGUCUCUGUCUUUUAUCAUUAACUGCAGUGAGUUCUCUUUGGAGGUUUGGGAAAUGAAAUCGGAAACUCGAGAGUGGACAAAGAUGUGUAAUGUUGACUUGGAAGCUCGAAAGUCGAAGUUCGAACACUUGUACUGUAGAAAUGAUUCGAGCCCGUUUAUGCUAGUACCGGGUGGUUGGUUAAAUUACCAAGAGGUGUUGGUCUUGUGUGUUUCCCAUAAAACUCGUGUUUGCAUUGCGUACAAUCUUCGCACGCAGGAAAUCGGCUUCUUCGAGUUGGGUUAUGAUUGUAAAUAUCCGAACUUCGAAGUCCAUACAAACAGCCUCGUUUGGUUUAGUGGAAGCUGAGUUUGUUUCGAUUUUGGCUCUAGAUUAGCGAAACGUUUUUGCACGAUUUUAACGAUGUUUAUAUAACUCCAUGGGAGCAUCGGAGAACUAUUUUAAUGAGUUGUUUGUG